GGUUUCAGCUCACUGCUCCUUUUCUUUCUUUUUUUUUUCUUUCUCUCCCCCCACCCCCCCAAAAUAAUUGAUUUACUUUACAGUCAUCCACACUGUGUUUUGUGGAUCUUUAUAAAUAUAUUACAAUAGUAGUCAUUUUAAAAAUAUAUUCUGAAACGUUUGCAAAUUUUAAGAGAAGAGUCGAAGCUCUGCGAGACCCAAUAUUUGCCAAUAAGAAUGGUUAUGAUAAUUAGCACCAUGGAGCCUCAGGUGUCAAAUGGCCCGACAUCCAAUACAAGCAAUGGACCCUCCAGCAACAAUAGAAACUGUCCUUCUCCCAUGCAGACAGGGGCAGCCACAGAUGACAGCAAAACCAACCUCAUAGUCAACUAUUUACCCCAGAAUAUGACCCAAGAGGAAUUCAGGAGUCUCUUUGGGAGCAUUGGUGAAAUAGAAUCCUGCAAACUCGUGAGAGACAAAAUUACAGGACAGAGUUUAGGGUAUGGAUUCGUUAACUAUAUUGAUCCAAAGGAUGCAGAGAAAGCCAUCAACACUUUAAAUGGACUCAGACUCCAGACCAAAACCAUAAAGGUCUCAUACGCCCGUCCAAGCUCUGCCUCAAUCAGGGAUGCUAACCUCUACGUUAGCGGCCUUCCCAAAACCAUGACCCAGAAGGAACUGGAACAGCUUUUCUCACAAUAUGGCCGUAUCAUCACCUCACGAAUCCUGGUGGAUCAAGUCACAGGAGUGUCCAGAGGGGUGGGAUUUAUCCGGUUUGAUAAGAGGAUUGAGGCAGAAGAAGCAAUCAAAGGGCUGAAUGGCCAGAAGCCCAGUGGUGCUACGGAACCGAUUACUGUGAAGUUUGCCAACAACCCCAGCCAGAAGUCCAGCCAGGCCCUGCUCUCCCAGCUCUACCAGUCCCCCAACCGGCGCUACCCCGGCCCACUUCACCACCAGGCUCAGAGGUUCAGGCUGGACAAUUUGCUUAAUAUGGCCUAUGGCGUAAAGAGACUGAUGUCUGGACCAGUCCCCCCUUCUGCUUGUCCCCCCAGGUUCUCCCCAAUCACCAUUGACGGGAUGACAAGCCUUGUGGGAAUGAACAUCCCUGGUCACACAGGAACAGGCUGGUGCAUCUUUGUCUACAACCUGUCCCCUGAUUCCGACGAGAGUGUCCUCUGGCAGCUCUUCGGCCCCUUUGGUGCGGUGAACAACGUCAAAGUCAUCCGUGACUUCAACACCAACAAGUGCAAGGGAUUCGGCUUUGUCACCAUGACCAACUAUGAUGAGGCAGCCAUGGCCAUUGCCAGCCUCAACGGGUACCGCCUGGGAGACCGAGUGUUGCAAGUUUCCUUUAAAACCAACAAAGCCCACAAGUCCUGAAUUUCCCAUCCUUACUUAUUAAAAUAUAUAUAUAAAUAUAUACGAACAAAACACACGCGCGCACACACACAUACACAUGCACACACACAAAAGAGAGAGAAACAAACUUUUCAAGGCUUAUAUUCAACCAUGGACUUUAUAAGCCAGUGUUGCCUAAGUAUUAAAACAUUGGAUUAUCCUGAGGUGUACCAGGAAAGGAUUUUAUAAUGCUUAGAAAAAAAGAAAAAAAACACAAAAAAAUACCUUUGAUGCAUUGAAUGUUCUUUCAUAGCUGUCGUUGUUGACUAUAAUAUACAUAGAUAGCGACGUGCAGGGAUUUUUACCCAGCCAGCUAACU